ACUCCUGCCAGGGGAGAAAACAUGUAAGCGCGCCUCCAGAGGAGGGGCACGGGGAGUUGGGAGUGGCGGGGGCAGCGGAAGGUGAGCCUAGGAAGGUGGCCCAGCGCCCCUUCUGCCCGGCCCCUCCCCGUGCUCCCGUAGGGUGUCAGCCUCGGCUCCGCUUGCCCCCACUCCACCCUCCUUUCGAAGGGAUUGCCUUUUUUUUUUCCUCUGCGGCGGCGGAAAUGACAGUGUGGUGCUGCGGUGGUGUCAUGGUGCUGCCUCUGGACCGAGAGGCGAAAACUCUUUAAGUUUAGCCCGGGAGACCUAGACGCGGGAACGUUGCGGUCUCCGUGCUGUCCCCCGUGGGGCGCGCGGGCUGGCGGAUCCCGGCUGUUGCGCGGCGGCGGCGGCGGCGGCCGCAGCGGCGAAGGCGGGCGGCGGCCUAGAGUGGUGGUGGCGGCGGCGGCGGCAGCGACAGCGGCCCGGGAGCUUGCACGGGAGCCCGAGCCAGCUUGCUGCGGAGGCCAGCGAGCGCCCGGCGCUCCCCGGCGCGCGUAGGAGAUGGCUGGCACCCGGGAACAAUAUGGGUGAGAGCCCAGCCUCUGCGGUUCUUAAUGCCUCAGCAGGAUUAUUUUCACUAAAGAUGGAAACACUGGAGUCAGAAUUGACCUGUCCAAUCUGCCUCGAGUUGUUUGAAGACCCUCUUCUGCUUCCUUGUGCUCACAGCCUAUGUUUUAGCUGUGCCCACCGCAUCUUGGUCUCAAGCUGCAGCUCUGGUGAAUCCAUUGAACCCAUUACUGCUUUCCAGUGUCCUACAUGCAGGUAUGUUAUCUCACUGAAUCACCGGGGCCUGGAUGGCCUCAAGAGGAAUGUGACCCUGCAGAACAUUAUUGAUCGAUUCCAGAAGGCUUCAGUCAGUGGGCCCAAUUCUCCAAGUGAGAGCCGCCGGGAGAGGACUUACAGGCCUAGCUCCGCCAUGUCGAGUGAGAGAAUUGCAUGUCAAUUCUGUGAGCAGGACCCUCCGAGAGAUGCUGUAAAGACAUGCAUCACCUGUGAGGUCUCCUACUGUGACCGUUGCCUUCGGGCCACACACCCCAACAAGAAACCUUUCACCAGCCAUCGCCUGGUGGAACCAGUUUCAGACACACAUCUUCGAGGGAUUACCUGCCUGGACCACGAGAACGAGAAGGUGAACAUGUACUGUGUAUCUGAUGAUCAAUUGAUCUGUGCCUUAUGCAAACUGGUGGGUCGUCACCGAGACCAUCAGGUCGCUUCUCUGAAUGAUCGAUUUGAGAAACUAAAGCAAACUCUCGAGAUGAACCUCACCAACCUGGUUAAGCGCAACAGUGAACUAGAAAAUCAAAUGGCCAAACUAAUACAGAUCUGCCAGCAAGUUGAGGUGAAUACUGCUAUGCAUGAGGCAAAACUUAUGGAAGAAUGUGACGAGUUGGUAGAGAUCAUCCAGCAGAGGAAACAAAUGAUUGCUGUCAAAAUCAAAGAGACAAAGGUUAUGAAACUGAGAAAGUUGGCACAGCAGGUUGCUAAUUGCCGCCAGUGUCUUGAGCGGUCAACAGUCCUCAUCAACCAAGCUGAGCAUAUCCUAAAGGAAAAUGACCAAGCACGGUUUCUGCAGUCUGCAAAAAACAUUGCCGAGAGGGUCGCUAUGGCAACUGCAUCUUCGCAAGUUCUGAUUCCAGACAUCAAUUUUAAUGAUGCCUUUGAAAACUUUGCUUUAGAUUUUUCUAGAGAAAAGAAACUAUUGGAGGGGCUAGACUAUUUAACAGCUCCAAACCCACCAUCUAUCCGAGAAGAACUCUGUACUGCUUCCCAUGACACCAUUACAGUCCACUGGAUCUCAGACGAUGAGUUCAGCAUCAGCUCCUAUGAGCUUCAGUACACCAUAUUCACUGGCCAGGCUAACUUCAUCAGUAAGUCAUGGUGUAGUUGGGGCCUGUGGCCAGAGAUAAGGAAAUGUAAGGAAGCAGUAAGCUGCUCAAGAUUGGCCGGUGCGCCACGAGGUCUGUACAAUUCAGUGGAUAGCUGGAUGAUUGUGCCCAACAUUAAGCAGAACCAUUACACAGUUCAUGGACUCCAGAGUGGGACACGCUACAUCUUUAUCGUGAAAGCCAUAAAUCAAGCAGGCAGCCGGAACAGCGAACCCACCAGACUAAAAACAAACAGCCAACCAUUUAAACUAGAUCCCAAAAUGACUCACAAGAAGUUGAAGAUCUCCAAUGAUGGAUUGCAGAUGGAGAAGGAUGAGAGCUCUCUGAAGAAGAGCCACACUCCGGAGAGAUUUAGUGGCACAGGGUGUUAUGGGGCAGCAGGAAAUAUAUUCAUCGACAGUGGCUGCCACUACUGGGAGGUGGUCAUGGGUUCUUCAACAUGGUAUGCUAUUGGUAUUGCCUACAAAUCAGCUCCAAAGAAUGAAUGGAUUGGCAAGAAUGCCUCUUCCUGGGUCUUCUCUCGAUGCAACAGUAACUUCGUGGUUCGGCAUAACAACAAGGAAAUGCUGGUGGAUGUGCCCCCACAGUUGAAGCGUCUAGGCGUCCUCCUGGAUUAUGACAACAACAUGCUGUCUUUCUAUGACCCAGCUAACUCUCUCCAUCUUCAUACUUUUGAUGUUACCUUCAUUCUUCCAGUUUGUCCAACAUUCACAAUCUGGAACAAAUCCCUAAUGAUUCUUUCUGGCUUGCCUGCCCCUGAUUUUAUUGAUUAUCCUGAGCGGCAGGAAUGCAACUGCAGGCCUCAAGAAUCCCCUUAUGUUUCAGGGAUGAAAGCUUGCCAUUAAGUGUCAAGAGAGCAUGUGAGUCACUGGCUCUUCGGUUCAGCACUUCCCCUCUUAAGCCUACAUUAGUGCUCCAUAUAUGAGAUGCACACUAAAGUCCAUUGGAAGCACUCGAAAUAACUAGAUAUCGUAGACUUAAUUUUUUGUGCAUUAAAACUUAUGUUUGAAUUCAUGUAUUGAGUUACUCAGAACAAAUUAAUCUGAAUAGUCUGGGUUUGUGCCACCAGGGAAGAAUUCUAGAGAAUAUCUCUGUCGUCAUUGGAGAAUUUAAAAUUCCCAGUGAUUUGGGAGUAUAAAUGAUACUGUUAGGAAUUAGCCCUUCUAGUAAUGGCUAGUUUGACCAGGUAGAAUUUGCACAGUGUCAAAUUAUCAUUUAUUAUAUGUCACUUUUUAAUAAACUAAUAAAUGAGGUGUUUUGAGAACAAUAUAUAUGUGCAUAUAUAAUAUAUAAAAUGACUGAAUUCAUUUUAUGAGCAAAAUGCAGAUAAUUUUUAUCUAUUAUGUAUACACAAUAAACCUUAAUUUGCCCAUUUAAAUAAGAAAUAUAUGGAAAAGGAAAAUAAAUGACACUGUCCAUUCCUAACUCUUAGGUAAAACCAUCAUGGCUAGCCAGUCUCCUUCCCUUACAGCUGUUCUUUCUUCCCUGUUGCCUCAUGUACAAACACAUACAAUCAAGACACAGGAAGUGAGAAGAGCUCUUGGUUAGAUGAGGAGAGAUCUGGGGACAAGAUUGCACAAGAGAUGCUAAUGCUACAUAGAAAUUUGAUUCUGGUAUAGAAGUGUCUCGUGUAGCAUAAUUUCAUUGAUACUGCUUAAUGGAGGAGAUUCAUCUAAAUUGUUAAAAAUUAUCAUAGACUAUUUCAAAGAAAUAUAGUUUUGUUAUUCUCAAAUACAAAGUUACUAGACUUAGGCUUAAGAAUAGAGUUGUAUAAUGGAGUUUCUUCAGAACUCACCUUACUUGAACAGUAAGAACGGAGUGUUACAGGUUCAACAACUAUAUGUAUACAAAUGUACUUAUAUUUUCAGACAAAGCACUGAAAUGCUGUUUUCCUUGAUAAGUUCAAUACUCAUUAUUUUUGGAAUUUUGUUUAUACUAUUCAUUCAUUUGCAUCCCUUCUAUGACAAAUAAAAACAUAAAUUCCAUCCUCGUUUUUAUCACAGAAGUUGAGCUUCACAGCCUGUGAUUUCACCAUUUCUGUUGCAGAGAUUAAUUGGAAAUGCCAGAGAAAUAGAACCUUCUUCCAGGAGCCAAAACUACGUCUUGGCACUUGUAAAAUGAUUAGUACUGUGUAAUUGUUAAAUGAUAGUAGUAGUCAUUCCCUGGAUUGUAUGUAGCCUUGAUACAGUGUCAAACGUUAGCCCCUCGUUCUACUAGCAUGGUGGAUUCUUAUUUAUUCAUUUGUUCAAUGAUGCCACAUUACUGCUGCAAGAAUGCACAUAUUACUAGAAUGCAGACCUUGGUGUCAAAUGCCUCACUCUAAUGCACAAGAGACAACAUAUCUCUGUAAAUCUUACCUAAUGAUCCUUACAGAUUGUUUGCUUAUCUACCACAAAAAAAGCAAGACCUGUGCCAAUACAAAAGAAAGACUUAGAUUUACAUGCCAGGUAGCAAAGUCAGGUUCUUUGCCUUCAAAGAUUAUAUGUACCUUAUAGCUCAUCAGGAAAUGAACAAUUUCAGUAAAAUUCAACAGUGCUGGUAGUUGGCUUGUGGUAUGAUAAAACUCCCAGCCUUGUAAUUGAAAUAGCCCUAGCUUCUCUGCCAUUUACCUAACAGUGUGACCUCAGGAAAGCACUUCUUCAAACCUGUCUCCUCUUCUGUAAAAUGAUCCCCAGUUUAUGAUGUAAAGCUGUAAAAAAAAAAAUUAGUGCGUAUCAGUUACGGAGCACAGCACCUGGCAUUCUCUAUGUGUGCCACCAACGUUCAUCUCUUCUCCAACACCAUUCAUUUGUUUUUGUGUUCUUUACAUUUUAGUCCUGGGAACAAAGCUUUAGCUACUCAUUUUACUAUGGACUGCAGCUUAGACUACCUUUGCUCAUCCCAUCUUCUCUCAGCUAACUAGUGACCCCUGGAAUUGGCAUUUGUGGCUCCCUGUGGCACUCCCCUGGCACACUGAGCACCCUCCCCACCCAGCAAUAAUAUGGAAGUGUUUUCAGAAUGCCAUCCUGUAAAGAGCCAUUUUAGAAGUGUUGUUAGUGAUUUGUUCCUUAAAACAAUUGAUUCUUGGCCCCUGCCCCUGAUCUACUUAAUUAAACUAUAUGAACAUAAGGAAACUUACAUUUGAGACAAGCUUCUCAGGUUAUUCUGAAUCACACAAAGUUUAAUGUAGAAUAAUAAUCUUUCCUAGAAUGAGACUACCUUGGGGUAAGCACUGUGGCUUUUGUUGUUGUAUUUUUAAGACCCAGAACAGUGUCUGGAACAAAGUAGUUGGCUGGCUGUUUGUUGAAAGAAUGUAUGAACGAAGAAAUGAAUAAUUCUAAUUGCUGUUUGACUGUGAUGUCCAUUUGUGAUAUUUGUUAUUCUUGGGGGCAAGUUGGUUACUUUAGUCUGUAUUGCUAUUAUUUUGUAAAUGUACCAGGGCUUAUACAUACAAAUGAACAUUGUUCCAGAUUGGCAGUUAUCAUGGAGAAUUGUCUUUGGAGCACGUGGUAUAAUUCUACAGUUACAUUUCAUAUUUUCAUGAACUUCAAUGAACGUUGUUCUUGAAGGUAGAUUUAAGUUUUUAUUACAGGCAGAGUUAAGCCUACUGAAUAAACUGAAAAAUUAAAUGAGGUUUGUGGGAAGCAAUAAAGCUUGACUCUGAAAUGCUAGCUUCUGAGGCACGUAAUGCCUUCCAAGAAACAAAAUGGUGGCAAAUCACUCAGAGGGCUAUGGUGAGUUCCAGAUAUUUACUUCAGUAAACUUAAAAGACUUUCAUAGAACACUGGCAAGGGACCAGAGGAUAACUCUAGCUAAAGCCAGUUGCACAAAUGGAACAUGACCAUUUAACAUCUUCAAGAAAGAUAAUUCCAUAAACAUGGUUGUUGUUGCUUUACUCGAUCUAACUAUUCAGAACUUUUUCUCCUAGAAAACUAUUUUCUGUCUGCAAUUUAUGCUUGUUUCCACUUUUUAUAUUGUCUUAUUAAAGAAAGCACAAACUGAAGCUAAGCUUGUUUUGAGACUACAAAAGAAAAUUUAAUGCCACAUUGAUGUUCUUGCUACUUAUAAGAAUAACUGCAUCUGGUUGUGUUUUUAUUAUGUAAUUCCAUUGUGUGUCUUUGGAUGCAGUGAAGUUCAUAUUGUAACAAAAUCACUUAUAUAUGCUUUUCAGCUCAGACAUUCUAGGUGAAUUCUCUCAGUUUACAUAUUUGUAUAUGACUACCUGGAUGGAUCAGUUCAUGGAUGGACUUUUGAACAAGCUUAGAUGCUGGAACCCCUUCUAUCAAGGAAUGGAAAAUGUGAGGCAGGUAGACAUGAACCACUCCCACACUUACUUGUAGCUCCUGAAGCCAAUUCCAGCCUUAGAGCCAUUGGGCUGUAUUUGGCUGUGUAUUACAAGUUGGCCAGAUUUAUUGCCAUCAGGUCAGGCAGAACUGCCUUUUAUGGUGUGGUCUGCCAGCUUCAGAAAUAUGCUGUGUUAUUGUUAUUGGCUAGAAUAUUUAUUAGACUAUUGUUGGACUAUUUUUUAUCAAAUGCUUUACCCCAGGCUUGUUUGUACUGGGAGCUCUGGACCAAUAGUGUCUCUCCUAGUAACAGAAAUAUGAACAUCUGUGGAUUACACAGUCUUACCUUCUCUAAAGAUCCCAACCCAUCCAAAUGCUAUAUUAUGAAUUAAAUAAAUAUAUAUGUAUUCAUGA